ACCAGGACUGAGCCGGGCUGCUGGCCAGUCUGCUAAACAAUUUACUGGCGGAGGAUGGGGGGCUGCGUGUAGUCUAUAGCAUUAACCUAUACGCUUUUGCUUAUCGGUUACUCGACUCCACUUCCAUCCCUGGAGUCGGCACACUGCCAGGAAGAGCCUGCUUUGGGAGUUUGAUGUCUGAUUUUUGCAAGUGAGGUGACAGAGGGUGCUCAAGACAAAUCAGAAUGCUGCUAGGGAUACAAUCGCCUGGAAAGGUUGAGAGCACUGGCCCAAGGCAUCCAAGCUGGGUCUAGCUGGCCGGGCUCCUGGUUCCUAGGCUGGUGCCUUACCCAUGGACUGUUCUGCCCCCUGGUCAGGGGCAGUGCAUGGCUCUCGGAGCCUGUGGGAAAGGCUGGGUCCAACUCUGCUGUGCUGUCGAUCCUGUCUCCCCCAUGGCAGGCGCUGGUGUCCCACGUGUGCUCAGUCCGAUGAAUGGGGAGCAGGUGCAUCUCCGGCCCAUUGUUAAUUCCUCUGCCUUUUCCUCUGUCCCCUCGCUCAGAGAUGCCCUGUAUCCAAAUGCAGCAUGGGACUUUGCCUCAGAGCGGAGGGCCCUGUGAGUGCUACCCGGCCGACUUCCUGAUUCCCGAGCUCAGCAAGUUCACGAUGGACCUCGUCAACACCGAGAUCGCGGCCACCGCCUCCCUGCCCAGCUUCAGCACCUUCAUGGACAACUACAGCGGGGAGUUCGACGCCUUCUUGUACCAGAUCCCGGCCUCCAGCCAACCCGCCUCCUUCAAACUCGAGGACUUUCAGGUGUACGGCUGCUACCCCGGCUCCUUCAGCAGUCAGCUGGACGAGACCAUGUCUUCAAGCGGCUCGGACUACUACGGCAGCCCUUGCUCCAUCCCGUCCCCAUCCACCCCGGGCUUCCAGGCCCCGCAGGUCCCGGCGUGGGAGAACUCCUUUGGGGCCUACUCGCCCACUCAGAACUACGAGGGCAUGAGGCCCUGGGCGGAGCAGCAGAAAAGCAACUCUUCCCAGCCGUCCUUCUUCUCCUUCGGCCCUUCGGUCCCCAGCCCCGGGGUCUCCCAGAGCCCCCUCAAGGUGCAGCCGGCCACCGCACACCGGCUGGACACCGAGGUCUUCGCACUUUCCCAGAACUCCCCGGUGGGCUUCUCCGGCCUGUCCCUGGGCCAGGCCUCCCCGCUCCUGGAGAGCCCCCCCUUCAUGGACGGCUCCCUGUCGCCAGCCAAGACGCGCAGCCCCGGCGCCAACGAGGGGCGCUGUGCCGUGUGUGGGGACAACGCCUCCUGCCAGCACUACGGCGUCCGCACCUGCGAGGGCUGCAAGGGUUUUUUCAAGCGCACGGUGCAGAAGAACGCCAAGUACAUCUGCCUGGCCAACAAAGACUGCCCUGUGGACAAGAGGAGGAGGAACCGGUGCCAGUUCUGUCGUUUCCAGAAGUGCCUCGCCGUGGGCAUGGUCAAAGAAGUGGUGCGGACGGACAGCCUGAAGGGGCGCCGAGGCCGGCUCCCAUCCAAACCCAAGCAGGCCCCAGACGCCUCCCCCGUCAGCCUCAUCACGUCGCUUGUCAGAGCGCAUAUCGAUUCCGUACCCAGUGCCACCAAGCUGGACUAUUCCAAGUUCCAGGAGUCUGUCUCCUCCCAGUUCGAGAAGGAGGACUGCGUGGACGUGCAGCAGUUCUACGACCUGCUCACCGGCUCCAUGGACGUGAUCCGCAAGUGGGCGGAGAAGAUCCAAGGGUUCCCGGAGCUCCCCAAGGAGGAUCAGGACUUGCUGCUGGAAUCUGCCUUCCUGGAGCUCUUUAUUCUUCGGCUGGCCUACAGGUCCAAGCCGGAGGAAGGCAAGCUGAUCUUCUGCAACGGGGUGGUGCUGCACCGCAUGCAGUGUGUGCGGGGCUUCGGGGAGUGGAUCGACUCCAUCCUCGAGUUCUCCCAGAGCCUGCACCGCAUGAGCAUUGACGUCCCCUCCUUCUCCUGCCUCGCCGCGCUCGUCAUCAUCACAGACCGGCACGGGCUGAAGGACCCCAAGAAAGUGGAGGAUCUCCAGAACCGAAUCAUCAGCUGCCUUAAGGACCACGUGACGUCCACCACGAGCGAGCCCACCCGGCCCAGCUGCCUCUCCAAACUGCUGGGCAAGCUGCCCGAGCUGCGCACCCUCUGCACCCAGGGCCUGCAGCGCAUCUUCUACCUGAAGCUGGAGGACCUGGUCCCGCCCCCUCCCAUCGUGGACAAAAUCUUCAUGGACACGUUGCCCUUCUGAGGGGGAGCAGCCCCCGGGACCCGUGAGGCCCCUGCCGUGGAGAGCAGCGCGCUCACCCGCUUGAUACCGGGGGGAGUUGGACAGACACGUCUCCCCCAGCGUGGAGUGGGAGGGGCCAUCAGAGGAGCAUUUCCAGAGACGGGGGGGCGAGCCCCACUGCCAGCUGGGAUCAUGGGGACUCGCCGGAUGCGGGGAGAGCCCUUCACCCCUCCCGCUCCCCCGGAGCCUGGCAGCUGGCCCUCGCUCGGCCUCCGCCUCCCGUACCAAACCCGAGGAUCAUGACGCAUUUCUCUGUGGAGAACUCCAAUGUGCCUUUAAGGUGAUGCACUCAGACGCACAAUAUCCCUGGGCCUGCGACCCCCAGCCCUGGCUCUCUACCCGCCGCUUGCUGCACCACGCCGGGGAGGGAGAGCAGGUCCUGAGACGUGGGCAGGGGCUGGCUUUCCCACCCCUUGUCAGGGCGGGUAUGCGGAGAUCUGGCCUGCUGCAUCCAGGCUUCUCCGUCCCCCGCUGCCGGAACCAACCCUUUCCAGACCCUCCCGCCGGCUGUUGGCCAUACUUGUGCUUUUGCGAUGCUGGCCCAGGGAGCAACGGACCCGGCCCCAUCCGCGUGGCGCACAGGAGGUUUUGUGCCGGUGGGCUGCAGAGACCUCUCUUUGUAAAAACACAAGCUGUAAAUAGAGGGGGCUUCGACCUUGUAAAUACAGAGAACUGCAGAGGCAGCAAGAGACGAGAAGAGGCUCUGGGAAGGCCGGGCGGGAUUUUUAUAUCGCCUGACAACCACGUGGCUUUCUGUGCCUGGGAAGGCUUUCCCUCCUGGCUGGGCCUUUCCCUGUAUAUAAACUUGUAUGUAAAACACAAAAAAUCAACAUUUAUAUUUGUGUAUUUUUGGGGGAUUUACCAUAUGUGACUUUUUUUCUGAUUUAAUAUAUAUUUAAUAUAUUGAAAUAAAAAACAUGCUGGUGGCU